ACGACUGGAAUCUUUUAUGAAUGAGAUAUUUUUUAAGAUAUCAUCGAUAUUUUUCGCGCUCGCUAAAUACAUGUCAAUCACGCAGGAUGCGCGUGACAAAUGCGGAAUAAUCGAAAGAGAUACUUGAAUAAGGAUUCGCAGUGGCGUCGUCCCGUCGAUGGUAUCGAGCGAGUUCUCUGACGCGCGCGUUGCGUCGCGUCGGUUGUUCCCCUUUUCGCCCUCGCUGUCCCUCUGUCCUCGCACUGAUGGCUCUAGCAGACCUCACCUACGACGAACGCCCAGUAAAGCGCGAGAGUCCAGUGGAGGUGUGUCGUAAAAGUAAUAUUUUAACAAAGGCGUGUCAGCGAUAAUUCGUCAGUGAAUUAGAAAUAUUUAUGAGAAAAUGUUCUAGAUCUUACGGCGUUUUAAUAAAUCGCAUAAUUAUUGCGCGAGUCAAAACUUGCAAUUCAGAGAAGAAAAGAUAAAAUACAAGAGAGAAAAAAAAAGAGCAAACGCGGGCUGAAAAAGGAAGAGACAAGAAGCAGUUAGGGACCGGUUCCGGAAGUGGAGAAGAGCAGAAGUCGACGGGGCGGAAAAAGAAUCGCAAACAAGGACGAAGCGUGAGGAUAGCAGCUGCGUAAGGCGCAAACGACGGUGGUUGCACUGAAAAGUAGCGGCGUGGUGUCAUGAGAGGCGGUCUUACGAUCCGCCCUUCUUAUCGGUCCUUCCAAGAGUCAUGCAUGUCGCGCCUCUCAAACGAGCUAUUGUGGGACAUGAUCCGCAGACGAGCAACGGCGGUCAGUCGCAGCUGCAACAGCAGCUACAAUCAGGGGCUUGGCUGGGAAGUGGUGCCAGCGACACUGGCGGCGGACUGGUCUGUCGAUCUUCAUCUGGCAAAUCAAUCAACGGCAGCAGCAACGGUAACCCGUCGCUACUACAUCCUCGACAACAACAACAGCAGCGUCAACAGCAACAACAACAAGGUCAAUCUGGGGGUGUGGGGGAUGACGAAGACGGGGGUGGAGGGAGCGGAGGGUUGGAGGGGACGGACGCAGAGGCGAACGACGCUAUUCACCUCAAGAGACGGGUGGGACUCGUCAGUGGGGUGGCUCUAAUCGUCGGCACGAUGAUCGGCUCCGGGAUCUUCGUAUCGCCGUCGGGUCUGCUACUGCGUACCGGCAGCGUUGGCGUCAGUUUCGUCGUGUGGACUGCGUGCGGUCUGCUCAGCCUGUGCGGCGCCCUCGCCUACGCUGAGUUGGGCACUAUGAACACGAGCAGCGGAGCCGAAUACGCGUACUUCAUGGAUGCGUUCGGCGCACCACCCGCCUUUCUUUUCUCCUGGGUAUCUACCUUGGUGCUCAAGCCGUCGCAGAUGGCGAUCAUCUGCCUAUCGUUUGCCCAAUAUACUGUCGAGGCGUUCACCGUUGACUGCGAACCACCCGACCAGGUGGUUAAGAUCGUCGCGUUAUUGGCGAUCGUUCUGAUACUUUUGAUCAACUGUUACAGCGUUAACUUGGCUACCGGUGUGCAGAACGCCUUUACCGCCGCCAAACUGAUGGCAAUCCUCGUGGUGAUAAUCGGCGGCUCGUACAAAUUGACACAGGGUAACACACAACAUCUGCAAACGGCGUUCGACACAAUUGAUGGAAACUCCAUCAACAUCGGCCGUCUCGCUACCGCCUUUUACACUGGUCUGUGGGCUUACGAUGGCUGGAACAAUCUCAAUUACGUGACAGAAGAAAUCAAAAAUCCCUCAAAAAAUUUGCCUAGAUCCAUCAUGAUCGGUAUACCUCUCGUAACGAUCUGUUAUGCGCUUAUUAACGUGUCUUAUUUGGCGGUCAUGUCGCCGUCAGAGAUGAUCGAGAGCGAGGCUGUGGCGGUGACGUUCGGCAAUCGGAUACUGGGCAUAAUGGCAUGGUUAAUGCCACUUUCCGUAGCAAUUAGCACAUUUGGAUCCGCAAACGGCACCUUAUUUGCCGCGGGAAGGCUCUGCUUUGCCGCGUCGCGAGAAGGCCAUCUGCUUGAUUGCUUGAGCUACGUGCACGUGCGACGCUUCACACCCGCCCCAGGUCUCAUCUUCCAUUCCCUUGUAGCAGGCGCAAUGGUUCUCUCUGGCAACAUUGAUUCACUGAUCGAUUUCUUCUCGUUUACCGCAUGGAUAUUUUAUGGCGGCGCGAUGCUCGCUCUGCUAGUGAUGCGAAGAACCAGACCCAAUCAUCCCCGACCGUACAAAUGCCCGUUGAUAAUACCCGCGCUUGUGCUCCUCAUCUCCGUGUAUCUCAUUGUGGCGCCAAUUGUCGACAAACCACAGAUCGAGUACCUGUAUGCAGCCGGCUUUAUCGGCGCGGGCAUGCUCGUCUACCUCCCGUUCGUAAAAUUUGGAUACGUGCCCAAAUUCAUGGAAGGUGUCAACGCUUUCCUCCAGAUGUUGUUAGAGGUAGCUCCGACAGCAGUUGCCUUCGACUGAUUUGUUUUUCAAAAGAUUUAAAACGCAGUUCUUCAGAAUGCCGAAUCAUUCCAUUGUGGCAUUGCACGAACUGUGUCUACACACAUCUGAAUCAACCCUAUUUUAAAUACCUACAGACGAGAGCGUUAUAUCCUAUAUUAUAAAGCUCAAGCUGGCCCAAAAAAUGAAUCCAUAUAAAAAUAUAAUUAUAUAAAAAAUAUAUUAUUUUAUUACUUGUUAUUCUUCAUACAUAGUAUACAUGCAGAAUAAAUGUUAUUGUUAGACAAUAGCUAGCUGAUGUUGUAAUGAAACAGCAUUGAAUUAAUAGAAGAUAUUUUAAAUGUUUACAGUUA